CUCCACCCGAGUUUCAGAAUCACUCUAACAUUCUGUCAGACUUAUUCUCUCUCUUGUUUGUAAGAUGGUGAUGAAUAAGGAAAGUGACGCCGUGAUGAAGAAGAAAACUCUGGGUAGAAGGAAAAUUGAUAUGAAGAAAAUUGAGAGGUUGAGCAACCGGCAGGUGACUUUUUCUAAACGCCGAGUCGGACUCUUCAAGAAAGCGAGGGAACUUUGUGUUCUGACUGGCGCCGAAAUCGCUAUUAUUGUACAAUCGGUAGCCGGAAAACGUUUCUAUGCUUUCGGGCACAACAACGUGGAUUCCGUAAUCGAUCGUUUUGAGAACGGAAGUCCUGUUGGUUCUGUGGAAAACACUGGAAAAACACCAGACCAUGGGAAGGAUUAUUCUGGGAUUUGUAAGGAGUCGGAGGCGGAGAACAGGGUGAUUGACGGUGGCGGGUUCUGGUGGGCUGAGAAGGUGGACGGACUUGAACUGGAGGAACUUGAGAGGUACAAUGCGGCAUUGGAGGAAUUGAUGAAGAAUUUGGACAAGAAAGCACAUUCCUCGUUUGUUUGAUUGAUUAUCUUAGGUAUCAAUUUUUUGUAUUAUCUUUAGAAAGAUAAAUUUAGGUUCUUGUUAAUACGAGAAUUGAUUGAUGUAAUAAAACGAAUUUCAAAUUAGUGUAUUAGUUUCUUGGGUUAAUUUUACGUUUUUGAUCCAAUUUC